AUGUUAGAGGCGGCCCUCAUCGAGAUACAUUCGAGAAUCCUUGGCUGCCGAAAUGAAAAGCCAGGUGGUGAAGGGCCUGGUCAAUUGAACUCGAAUGCUUCGCACUUUUACGUUUAUGUUGUGGGAGUGCCCUGCAAAGAUGUGAUUCUUCAUGCCCGGGCAUCUUCAUCAACAGAUGUCAACGUGAAACGACUGGGCGAGGUUCCGCUUACGCAUUCUGAAAGUGGAGUGCACAAAGUUCUGGAGGCAAGUGGUUGUUCCCUGGAAGUUCCUCUUUCAUAUGUGGACAUUCCAACACAGAAGAAGAUGCCUUACAUAACUAUGACAUCUUGGGUUCAGUUUCUGAGUAAGUCUGACCGAUUGCACUACUUGACUGGUGUGGCUGACGGCAUGGAGCGGCGAAAGCUUUGUCGCGAAUUUUGGACACGAGUUCAACAGAUAAGGCCGGGGCAUCCUGUGUUUGCAGAUGCCAGCGCAGGAACCAUACGUUUGGAGGACACAGUCCCCCUUCUCCACCAUGGGGACGAAGGGCGAUCCUACAGGAAAACGCCGAUAAUGAUACUUUCGACGCACGGCCUCCUAGGAUCGGGUUCGCACAAGACUGAGCGUCCGAAAGGCAAGACCAGCUUGGAACACGAUGGUAUGGACCUGAACUUUAUUGGCGCGACGAUGACAACUCAUUACAUCUUUACGGCAAUGCCGCAUGCUUUGUACAAGAAGGAGCCCGCUGCCCUUGACGUGAUGCUUUCAUUGUAUGCCCAGGACCUCAGAAGGCUCGCUGGGGACGGCAUAACUUUGAUAGAGAAUGGCGUGCCACGCAAGCUGUGGUUCGUCUGCUUUGGAGCCAAGGGCGACUUGCCGUACUUAGGCAAAGCCGGAGGGUUUACACGAACCUUCUCGAUGUGCGCAAAAAAGAGUUCUUCCAAGGGCUUAUGCAAGGGCAUCUGUUUUAUGUGCGAUGCUGGCAGAGAAGGGCUCCCUAGCGGGCCCUGCCCAUGGGAGGAUUUCAACACCAACGCAACUUGGACCAGAACGAUGGGCUUGCAACCUGGUUUCAAUACAGAGGGGCCGCUGCUUCAGAUCCCACAUGAUCACAGUGUUCUGUUUUAUCGCUUGGAUAUAUGGCAUUGCUGGCACCUUGGGAUUGGCAAGACCUUCAUCGCAAGCGUCUUGGUAGAGCUACUCGACGCCCUGGCCGAUGAGGGUUCACUGGAAACGCGGCUGGACGCGAUGUUUGCAAACUAUGCAGCUCAUUGCAAAAAAAAGAAAGUUUAUGGAUACCUGACGAGCUUUACUCGCGACUUUUUGGGCUUUGACAAGGCCAGCAGCAUGCCGGUUGGACACUGGAGCAAGGGGCAUGUUACAACCAGACUUUUUGUUUGGCUGGAAGAGUAUCUUGAUACAUCCUUCAAGGAUGCUCGCGAUCCCAUGAUCCAGGUCCGUGCCACGAAGCUGGGAAACAUGUGUAUUCGUGGACUCUACCGCUGCGGAGUGUGGAUGCCGGCUGCACAAGGUAAAAAAGUGGCAACCUGGGGCUUGCAGUUUCUGCAGGCGUAUGGCCAAUUGGCGACGUUGGCCUUCAGGCGGGGACAGAGACGGUUUUGUCUCAUUCCCAAGCUUCACUUUGUGCACCACAUCAUGCAAGAGCUUCUUUGCCAAUCUGCUUCAUCAUCUUGGGCACUGAACCCUUUGACUUUUUCUGUUCAAAUGCAGGAAGAUUUCAUUGGGCGCCCGAGUAGGAUCAGCAGAAGGGUGUCGCCAAAGGCGCAAGCUCUUCGCACUCAGCAGCGGGUGCUGCUGUGCAUGUUCGGAGAAUUCAUGAGGGUGGAAGGAGGGAAAAAAGAUGACACGCACAAUCGCUGCGACUUCACAGGGCCAUUCAGGAUGUUCAUACAAUUAAGGCAGCUUUGCGAUUUCACAGGGCCAUUCAGGCUGGUCAUUAAG